UUUUUUUGGAUCGCUUCCGUUCAAUGUCGUUAGAUUCUCCAGCGAAACAGAGCAAUCUGAAACUAUCUUAGCUCCGCCAUAGCUCAGAUUCUUUUGAUCUAUCUAAUUAUGGAUGUUUUCAUGGAUUUAUUCAAGAAACCUUCUGUUACAGAGACAUUCGUCGACGUUUUGCUAUGUGCAGUUCCGAUUUGGGUCGCUGUUACGAUCGGUCUUUUGAUUGGUUGGUCUUGGCGUCCACGGUGGACUGGAUUGGUUUUUCUAGGGUUCCGUUCUAAGCUUCGGUUUCUAUGGACUGCUCCUCCUGGAUUUGGUGCUCGUCGUCUUUGGCUUGCUUUCACCGCUCUCUCUGUUUUUUCCGUUUGCCGUACUCUUUGGUCAAGGCUCGGUACGAGUUCAAAGAAAUCUUCGGUUAUUAAUGGUUCAGCUCCGAUGUCUAAACCGGUCGAUGAAGAAGAAGAGGAAGAAGCAUUUUCACGAGCUAGUGAUAAGGUUAUUGUGACAGAGAAGGAUCUAAAGCAUUUGUUGCAUCUGCUUGAAGCUGGAAAUGCUAAUUUGGAGUGGCAAUCUAUGAUGGAUAAGUCUACUCCUAAUAUGAGUUACCAAGCUUGGCGUCAUGAGCCUGAGACAUGUCCUGUUGUUUACCGUAGUCGAACUGUGUUUGAGGAUGCGACACCGGAAAUUGUUAGGGAUUUCUUCUGGGAUGAUGAGUUUCGACCUAAAUGGGAUCCUAUGCUUGCUUACUUCAAAACUCUGGAGGAAGAUUCUCAAACAGGAACUACCAUUGUUCGUUGGAUCAAAAAGUUCCCUUUUUUCUGUAGUGACCGGGAAUACAUCAUUGGCAGGAGAAUAUGGGAAUCUGGGAAAAAAUAUUAUGCUGUGACAAAGGGGGUACCUUAUCAAGCUCUACCAAAGCGUGUUAAGCCGAGGCGAGUCGAGCUUUAUUUCUCAAGUUGGGUUAUCAAAGCAGUUGAAUCCAGAAAAGGGGAUGGACAAUUAUCAGCUUGUGAAGUCUCUCUUGUCCAUUACGAAGAUAUGGGAAUCCCAAAAGAUGUAGCAAAGUUAGGAGUCCGUCAUGGCAUGUGGGGAGCCGUAAAGAAGCUAAACUCCGGCUUAAGGGCAUACCAAACUGCUCGAAAACCAGGGACUUCUCUCUCACGGAGUGCACAAAUGGCAAGUAUCACCACAAAACUGAGCAUGGAUUUGGUGGAAACAUCUGGAGCAGAGGAAGAAGAGAGAGGAAGAGCAAUGGAGAAUGAGAGAAAACAAAAGGAUCAGUUCGGUGUAGAUUGGAAAUGGAUCGUUGUAGGAGGAGUGGCUUUGGCUUGUGGGCUUCAUUCUAGUGCUAUAGGCAAGGCUUUAAUGGUUGGAGCUGGACAGAGACUUGCUCGUAGGUGAGAUUCAUAAUCUUAUAUGUUUCCCUGGAAAAUUCUUGGACCAACACAGAAAGACAGAUUCGCAAUAUAUAUUAUAUAUAUGGAUUGUUAUCUUGUGACUACUACAUUGAAAAGAGCAUAGUGGUCUUGGAGGCGAACCAUGCAGAGUAGUUUUGAACUAAGGGAUGAAGUUUGGUCGAAUAUUUCUUGUAAUACAGUUUAAGACUCUGGAGCUUAUUGGACUGUUUUAUUAAAAGAUACAAUCUACCUGUCAAUUUUAUU